AUGACUUCGGUGACUUCAAGUUCAAACUCCAAAUCACCUAGAUUUCGUCUAUCUUGCGACCGGUGUCUUCAUGACAAAGUCCGGUGUAGCCGCGACAAGCCAUCGUGCCGACACUGUAACCACAGAGGUCUCGACUGCUUGUACAGCCCUUUCCGGCCCAUUGGCCGGCCCAGAAAGCACGUCAGUGAGGCGACUCCAAUACAUCACGAACGCAGUUCCGAAGACGACGAUGUUAGCUCUCCAUCUCUGUUCAGAAAUACACUAUCACCUAGCAACUCUCUUGGAACUUCGUCGGCUGCUACUACUGUAGAUGGUUCUUUCUACGAGCUUGGAACGAGCGUCGCCUCACUAUCUCAGCUGUUGCGAUCGACAAAACAAGACAGCGGUGACCUACUUCGUUCAGCGGUAGACGUCUGGGUUCACUCGCAUAAGCAAACUCCGGGUGACAAGCCUCCAGAUCCUCAACAACGAAGCACGCCAGAAGUACUAGAGGUCAACUACCCGAUUACACCCCAAUCACGGAUUUCACAGGAGAUUCAUGAUGAGGGUAACUGCUAUACGGCAAUACUCCAGCGCUCUGCCAAGCUUGAAAAGAAACUAUCUGAAGCCCCGUCAUCACUGCCACCGAUAGAUCUGGUGCUCGAGGCGGAGUCCGACUUUUCCGCGCUCCAGCAUAGCAUAUCCAAAUGUGCUGGCCACCACCCACCUUCCACUAAUCAGCCCAUAGAUUCAUGUCUGGCUACAGAUCAGCCGAUUGUUAUCGGUCUCGCGCUUCUCGCGGAACGAGUUAUUGGCAUGCUGGAGGGCGUCGUGCGCCUAGCCGCUCGCUCGGCUCAGAUUAUGGACAGGGCCAACGACGCGCUCUGGUCAGCACAAGAAGAACCAGGCAUCUCGGCCCGGCGGCUUCAGCGCUCGGUACGCAACACAUGGGCCAAGGGAUGCGUAACGCUGGAGAUGGAAGUUGAUCGGAAUCUAUGUCUUGGAACUUACGUGGUUCAAGGCCAGGCCAAGUCUGCCGCCAUGCGUCGGAUUCUGAGGGUGAGGGUUCAGAGAAUGCUUCACGCCCUAGGAUCCCUGCAUGCAAUGGCGCAGACGAAGCGUGCAGGAGCAAAUACAAGGGAUCAUCGACCAUCUGCAAGUCCGCUGGACUGGGGAGGCUCGAGUCUGGUGUUGGGAGAUAUGGGAGAUCUUUUGUUAGGGGAUCUAAAGAGGCGCAUGGAAUCCGUCCAAGGCGCAAUGUUACUAUUUUAA